UUCUGCAUCUCAACCUUUCGGCUUUGUGGAACGUCCAGCUCGCAGUCGUUAGGCCCAGGCUAAGUCUGCUUUUGCGCCUUGGAAAGUGUAAAGCGAGCAUCAAUCGUUGAAUCCACACGGUCGCAGAAGUCUUCUAGAAGCCUUUGUUUCCUCGCUUCUCUCCUACUCUUCUCCGCCCAUUAUGCUCUUCUCCCUGCACGUGGCUGCCCUCGGCCUGGGGUUUGCGGCGUGCAUCGCCGCCCAGGACAGCACCUUUGAGCCACCUGAUUUCAACGUCACCCAGGCACUCAUUGAUCAAGGCGUCAAUGUGUCGGGCCUGCCAGAGCUGGGUUCCCUCACCAAGAGAUCGUCUAUCUCUGCAUGCUCGAUUGCAUGUGACACUCUGAGGCUCCUCUUUAGGUCAUCAAACGUGAUUGCGCAAGGCAGUCAAGCCUACAAUGCCUUUACCGACGCGUACUGGUCUAUUCAGCAAGAAAGUGUUGACCCUUACUGUAUCUUCAAACCGACCAGUGCGACCCAAGUAUCGAUAGCAAUCUUGCUCUCCCGACUCACCCAAUGUCCCUUUGCAGCCAAGUCCGGUGGGCAUGCAGCCUUCGCCGGCGCCUCCAACAUCCAGGGCGGUAUCACCAUGUCACUCGAGAAGAUCAACGCAAUCCAACUCUCACCUGACAAGAAGACCGCCGCCAUUGGCCCUGGUAAUACGUGGUUCACCGUGUACACCACUCUACAGCCUGCCGGUGUGACGGUGAUUGGCGGCCGUGUUUCAGCCAUUGGAGUGGGUGGCCUCACCACUGGCGGCGGUAUUUCUUUCUUCUCCAACAUCUACGGCUGGGCCUGCGACAAUGUCGUCAGCUAUGAAGUGGUCACUGCGCGCGGUACCAUUGUCACUGCCAGCGCCACCCAGAACAGUGACCUGUACUUUGCCCUGCGAGGAGGUGGCAACAACUUCGGCAUCGUGACCAAAUUCACGCUGAACGCCAUUCCUCUCCCUGGCGGCUUGAUGUGGGGUGGCGGCCGCGUGUCCACGGAAGACCAGUUCGACGCUCUCAUCGACGCCUUCUACAACGUCGGAGUCAACUCGCCUCAGGACCCCAACGCCGCGCAAAUCCUGUCGUUCGCCUAUGCACAAUCUGCCGAUCUCAACAUCGCCGCUGCCGACCUGCAAUACGCAAAACCCGUUGCCAACGCAUCCAUCUUCGACGAAUACUUGUCCAUCCCCGCCAUUUCCGACACCACCAAAGUCCGCACAUUGGCAGACCUGACUCAGGAAUUCAACGCCAGCAACCCCGACGGACUGCGGGAGACCUACUGGGCAGCCACGUACAAGCUCAACAAGAACCACACGGCCUCGGUCCGAGACAUCUUCUUUGAGGAGCUCGACUCGAUCAAGGAUGCCGCCGGUCUGGUGCCGGCCGCGACUCUGCAGGUCAUCACCGAGGGCCAGCUAGCGGGCAUGACCAAGAACGGCGGGAACCCGCUGGGCCUCUCCGCCUCCGCGGGCCCGUUCCUGCUGCUCAACACGAACAUGAUGUGGACCGACGCCGCCGACGACACCCGGAUCCUCCAGGCCAACCAGCGCAUCAUCGACCGCACCGUGGCCCUGGCCCAGUCGAUGGGGCUGUGCGAGGACUACAUCUACAUGAACUACGCCAGCCAGUUCCAGGACGUCAUUGCCGGCUACGGCUCGGCCAACCAGGCCCGGCUGCAGAGCAUUGCCGCCGAGUACGAUCCCAGGGGCGUGUUCCAGACGCUGCAGCCGGGGUACUUCAAGCUGGCUGGACCGCCCAGCCCUACUGGCCCGUAGAGCUGCCCUCGUGUGCCUGGGAGAAGUGGCAUGUAGUUUUAACGGCGGAAAACUGCAUUAUCGGGGUUUCGGAAAGCGUUCUGUUUAUGUGGUUUGGCUUUUGUUUCGGAUUUCACGUAUUAACAGUCAUGGGAUUCAUGUUCAGCGACCGUCUGUUGUGUCAUACGCCGCCAGCCCGGCCAAAGAUUUUGCACUGUAUUAUUGGGGUUUUAAUCAAGACUUUUCACCAUGUAUGAAAAUACACUUUAUGAUGGCAG